GGAGCAAAUGUAAUGUCUGGUCAGAAAGGAGGUGUCCAAACUAAACUUAAGCAAAUUUAUCCAUACGCUAAAUACACCCAUUGCAUGGCUCACAAAUUAAAUUUAGUGAUUGUGGACACAUGCAAAUAUUUGAAAGAUCUUAGAAAAUUAUUUAAUGGACUAGAAGCCAUAUACGUACAUUUCUCAUACCCUUCAAAAAAUAAAAAAUUCAAUGAAAUUCAAAACCAACUUGGUUUGAAAAAAACAUCAUUAGUUCAGUUAAGUGAAACAAGAUGGGCCUGUCGUUUUAAAAGUUGCAGCUCAGUCAUACAAAAUUAUGGUGUAUUAAUUCAGUCUUUAAAAGAGGAAAUUGAUGCUCAAAAAAAUAAAGAUGUCGCAGAAGCAAUUGGUAUUAUUUCAACAAUUAAGUCUGAUUAUUUUGUAGUACAUUUAUUCAUAUUAGACAACCCUCGGUAA